CGUACAUAUGUGCGCUGCAAAACUUCUGCCAUUUAUGUAUUCUUGGUAGUUACUGCACCGUUCCUUCUCAUGGCUGCUCUAAUCAGGAGGAUUAUCAGCACAAAAAAAGCGCCAGCUGCCAUCGGCCCGUACAGCCAGGCAGUAGUGGUGGACCGGACCAUGUACAUCUCAGGCCAGCUGGGGAUGGACCCCACAAGUGGACAGUUGGUGGAAGGUGGCGUUCAGGCCCAAACCAAACAGGCGCUUGUCAACAUGGGUGCAAUCCUUGGAGCUGCUGGGUGUGGUUAUGAAAAUGUUGUCAAAACAAACGUUCUCCUUACCGACAUGAAGGACUUCACUACGGUCAAUGAUGUUUACCAGCAAUUCUUCAGCACCAACUUCCCAGCCAGAGUUGCCUACCAGGUUGCUGCUCUUCCCAAAGGUGGACUGGUUGAAAUUGAAGCAGUUGCUGUCUUGGGCCCUCUGACUGAUGCGUCCUAAAAAAGGGUCAAUCCAACGUUGUUGAGGAAUGACUAUAUAAUGGCAAUAAUAAUAUUAUUCAAAAUUACUAUGGAAGGUAUGAAUGUGAGUGUGAAUGGUUGUUUGUCUAUAUGUGCCUUGCGAUUGGCUGGCGACCAGUCCAGGGUGUACCCCGCCUGUCGCCCGAAGUCAGCUGGGAUAGGCUCCAGCAUGCCCCCGCGACCCUAAUGAGGAGAAGCGACAUAGAAAAUAGAUGGAUGGAAAAUUACUAUGUAAGUAAAUAACAGUUGUCUUGAAAAUAGUUUCCUGUCACACUACUAAGUACAUAUUUAAAGACAUCGCUGUAUUAUAAAUGUAAAAGUAACAUUUUUACAGUUUUGAUUCACGCCAACAACUGCCCUGUGUGUCGUUAUGAGACAGGUUCCUGGAAAUGUUGUUGGAAAAAAGGGCCGAUUGUGGAUCGUAUCGUCUUUCAGUGUGCAAGAUAAAUAAUUCAUGAUUUAAUGUUUUUAAUUAACUGUAAUGGUGAUUUGUUGCCCAACAACUUAAUAUUGUCUUUGGCCAAUGUGUGCCUCAUUAAUCUCUGUUAGGCCUUUGAGACUUCCUUAAAUUGUUUCUUGAAUAUAAGAACGGUUUCUUCCCAGGUUGCACAAAAUAGAUUGUUUUGUCUGAACACUCUCGACGGCUCGAUACAACCAUUCCUGUGGUAGUGGUGACAUUAAUCGCCACUUAUAGAGGAUUCAUUUUUCAAGUAAUCAAUAUGGAAAAAUUCCACUAGAUUGCGCUGUAAUGCCCUACAUCAGCUUACAAUUUAUAGUAUGUGUUAAGAUAAUUGGGGAAAUUCCACAGCUGUGGUCUAAAAUUACAGAAAUAAAACUGUAACUGUAUGCUGACCAACUGGUGGGCGUUUUCCUGGACAUCUCAAAGCCUGCAGUCGCCUGUAUUAUUUGUGUUUGUAUUAUUUCAUCCUUCAGAGUGGAAUGCAAGUAAAUCCAUUCACAGAAUAAUUUAAUGGAAUUUUGUAUGAAAGUGGUACAAAAAUGCUCUUUAUUUUGCAACUUUAUUCUCUAAGUAAUAAAAACACCUGCAUAAUAUAAUAAUACACAACUUGCAACUUCAUUUUAGUAAAAUUAAGACUUAAGUCUUGUAAGUUGUUUUUUUUUCAUUUUCAUCAUAUGUAACUGUUUUAUUGUAAUAUUACAGCUUUAUUGUCGUAAAAUUGUAAUGUUUUAUACGACUUCUCUCACAUUCCACAUUUCCUCCAUGAAUGUAUGCACACUCACAGAUGAGUGGGAAAAACUUUAUCCUUUACACUUGGUAGAAUCACAUACAAAGCUCAUAGAAGGAAUAUUCUUUAUUACAGACCCCCAAAAAAUCAGGCAUUUAUAGCAGUGAGCAUGUCUGCAGUUUUAAUCAUCACCUUACGUUAGUUGUGUUAGAUUUACAUGAACUUGUACAGUGUACACAGCUCACUAGGCAAAUAUGUGCACUAUACUGUCGACCAGGGGUGGGCAAACUUUCUGACUCACGGGCCACAUUGGGUUAAAAAAUUUGGAGGAGGGGCCGUCUAUAUAUGUGGUCAUCAAACAGAGCGACAUACCUGCUCUCAAUGCAACAAAAGUGAAACACAACACAUCCACGGCAAGUUAACGCAUCCCAUAAAUCAACUACUCGUACUACGUGGGUGACACACAACAGCUAAGCGCUAAACAUAACACAUAACUUUAAACUUAAUUCCAAAUGCCCGCAAGGCAUGCUGGGUAGUCCAUCUGCAACCACAAUAUGAGCUAUGAAGAAUAAAACAUCAGCUAUCAAGAGUAUGUUAACUCCUCGUUUACUUCUCUGACGACUUCCUCAACAUAUUUUGCAAACACAGUUGGGCAAUUUAAGGAGAGAUUACCACAGGCUACCCAGCAUGCCUUGCGGCGGGAACAUAUGGGUGUUUUUUGGCAUGUGUAUUGUGCGUAGAUAUUUAUUUGUAUGCCCAUAUGGUGCAGUGGGUAGAUUACUUUGUGUGUUGAUGUGUGGUGUUGUUUGGAUUGCUUUUUUGUACAAGCUACAGAUUGCAUCUGACUAUUGAAGCGUGCCAAAAUAGCACUGCAAGUCAUGUUGCCGGCUACACUUUCGAUGUUAAAGGUUUAAAAAAAGGAAUUUGGAAAUGCCCGGUGGGCCGGAUUAAGAUGCUUGGCGGGCCUGAUGUGGCCCACUGGCCGCAGUUUGGCCACCCCUGCUGUAGACAAUAAACAAUAGUCAUAGAAAAAUGGACACCACUGCCUUGGUUGCUGCUGAGUGGGUGCAAUGUCCUCAAUAUGACAUUUGGAUACCGAAUCCUCAACCAGUUCAUUUCAACAUGACACUCCCUAUUCUCACAUAUGGAAACAUGUUGGUCAAUAAAUCAUUCAUGAACAAAUAUUAAAAACAGUGAGAAAAGCAUGGCACACAGAAAUGACCAUGACUACAAAUUUUAAUAAAAACAAAGUGCACCUGUAUUCCUCCUUUAAAACUAAACAAAAUCUUGCCUGUGGAUAUUCUCAUUCAUCCAGGUCAAACAAAAUGUUAUUUCAGCCCUCACAUGAGACAAAAGUAGACCAUUUUCAGUUCAAAACUUAAACUGCACAAAACCUCACAGCAAAUUUAAGUGUAAUUUAUGCCGAAGACAACUAAAACAAUGCAACAAAUACUCUCCAGACGUAUUAGAAAAAUGACACUUGCUAUACAAGCUGUACACUGACUACUCUGCAGUACAUCCAGACUUCAUUUUUGUAAUAGUCGCUCUUGAAAAGAUGUACGGUUUGUAAAUGUGAGGGGUGUACUCGCUUUUGUGAGACGCUAUUUAUACACACAUUUUCAAUAUACAGUCGUCCCUCGCCACAUUGUGGUUCGAAUUUUGCUGCUUCACUCUAUCACGGUGUUUCAAACAUAUAUUAGUGAAUAAAUCAGGCUGUUUUGUGGUUGAAUAUGGCCUAUUGGUUAAAAACAAUGCCUAUUUAAGCAAAUUUUACAUAUUUUUGGCCUACACUAAGCAUUUUCAAACAUAAAAAUGGCUAAACUAAAUGAUCAAAAACAAGGCAUAAGACGCAUUCUAAUUGUGAGUGUAGUAUUCUACAUUGGUCCCUAGGUGUCAGCAAUUGACACCAGACUUGAUCGCCAGAGCAACAGUCUUUUAUUGCAGGUUUAAAUGAUCUCACAACAGGCACAAUAAUAAUGGCAUUAUUAACAUAAUCAUAAUAAUAACACGGGCCACGGUUGCAGCCAUAACCCACAACAAGCUAAAACUCAACUCCGAACCCUCGACAUCACUUCAUGUCCUCCACACAUCUGUCCGCCUGCCACUAAGCUCUCCUCGGGAAGACAUUUACUGCGACACACAUGAGUACACGUUUCAUUUAUGUCUUAAAUGCCUUAUUUUCGGUGAUUAUGUCAACUAUAUUGUGUAAUAAGAAUGUAAAGGUGACUACGGGGGUGUUAUUGCAUGUCUAGAAGCCUCUAAUACUGUUAAAAAAAACAACAUAUUUACAAGAUCAUAAACACGUUUUCUAUGCCAUACUCUACUUGAUGUCACGAUAGCGACCUCAAAACAAAGAUCGUCAUUUUCUUUGUAUAGCUGGGGAGAAUGAUUCCAUUCAUUGUUUGUCUUUAAAGUAUUGUUUUUCAUUAUACGGCUGUUAUUUUUAAACUUUAUUUAUUUCAUAAAACUUUGUUUCUAAACUCUAUAUAAUGUACAGGACCAAUGUUAAGUAUUGUGGGGACAAAUGUUUUGUUAAGGAGAAUGAGCACCCCCUACUGGGUCCCUGCACUGCAGACCUGACAGGUGGAACCCAUGUGAAGUGUCCAAUUUAGUCUGCACUGGCGUGUGCGCUUCACGGUCGGUCUAUUUUCCAUCUGCUCUCACAGAAGUCUGAUGGAAAACGUUUUUUUGUUGAUACCAGUGCUAUCUAUGUUUUAUAACUAAUACUUUUUAAAUUGUUUUUUUUAUUCUGAAGAGUGACUUUGUUGGGUUUUCUGUGGUGAUGCAGCUUCAUUAGUGGGGGGACGGGGCCCUUUGUGACGCAGUGUGCUAACAAGGAGCUUGUAUAUUUAUUUUCUUGUUUGUGUUUGUGUAUGUUGUAGCCAGGUACUUUUAUUUGUCAUUGUUUCACAUAUCUAUGUAAAUGGAAUUGGUCUGCAGAGUGCCUCAGGGAGCCUUAUGCGAGCUCUUUUAUGUUGUUGCCAGAAUAAAUAACGAAUUGGAGACAGCGAAAGAAAAUAUCUAAGUGAUUGAGUACAUAACGCAAGAGAGAGCACACACACCCUCUACAUUUGCUGGCGAAAACGCUCACAAGGUUCUUGAAGGCCACUUACCAUCUAAGCUACACCUCAAUUGACAACUCAAAACCAAGAAGAUUGGAAAGAAGGCUGCUAUCGGGGGAUAAGCCUUUCAGUCCUACACACAUGACAGACCUGGAAAAGACAGGAUUGGCAAAAAAAAGUGGACAAGGGCAACAGUAGAGGGUCUUCGCGAUCACGAUAAACACCUGAAAAAAGAACUUUUGACGACAAUCUGCAAUCUGGCUACAACAGAGGACUGCAAACAGAACUUUGAAGUGGCCAAAAAAUGGGUCAAGAUAGAUCUUUCAGCCAUAGCCAUAGUCAUCUAUCUUGUCAACAUUUUCUAAGACCUGUUAAGGUGAUACUCAUUGUGUUAUUAUGUUGAUGCCGUAUCUUCUUCCCUCCACUUUGCGUCUUGCUUAGGUCUACUUUGAUGAAUGUCCUCUGCCUGGAAGAUGACAAAAGAAAAGCAGUCAGAGAAUGCUUCCAUAUUUACCUUUCCACAUUUUGUAUCCAGGAUUCUAGUACAUGUAAGCAGAAGUUUAGGCAGUGAUUCAAAUGAUGUGUUUCGCUGACUUGCUGCUACCGUAUUGUUGAAUAUUUGUAUGUUUCCACUGGAUACUGAAUCCCAAACAUGAAAAACAAGGCAGUAAAAAUGUGAGUACAGUAAUCCCUCGUUUAUCACAGUUAAUUGGUUCCAGAUCUGACCGUGAUAAGCAAAUGUCCGCAAAGUAUAAUUCCUUAUUUAUAAAUCAAAUAUUUUCAUAGUUAGAGCACAGAAAACCUGUUUAUGACCUUCUAGAUACGGUUUUUAACAUUAUAAGAGCCCUCUAGACAAGAAAUAACACCCAUAUAAUCACCUUUAUACGCGUACUACCCAAUAUAGUAGAUAUAAUCAGAGAAAAUCGCCAUUUAAGACAUAAAUAAGACUUGUGUGUUUUUCAAUAAAUGGACGUGUGGACAAUAAGUGACGUUGAGGGUUCAGAGUUGAGUUUUAGCUGGUUUACAUGUCAUUAUUUUUUAUUAUGUUAUUAUUGUGCCUGUUGCGAAAUAAUUCAAAC